AGAUUAGUAUGUGAGCGCACACCACUUGAAUGACAGUUCCACCUGUCACUCGUCUGCAUCAAUCAUCAACAGACAAACCAGUCUGCGUCAACAGACAACCUGACGUCUUUAGGAAAGUUGUGCUUCAACAAAUAAAUUAGUGAGAAGAAUGAACGCGCUGCGACUCUCCCUAAUUCUGCUGUCCAUCUCCCAGUGGUGUUCCGGCGAAACUACGACCUCCAAGAACCUCAAUUGGUUGGUAGACUCUCUCUUGGAGAGUACGACGAAAAUUAUCCAGACUCUGGACGAUGGUCAGAUCGCCAUACCUGACCUGGAAGAAACGUUCCACAAAACCAUACUGUUUGUUAAAGUCCGUGGUGGUGUCAAGGCGACCGGUGGAGUUUUCCAAAACCUGACAACCCUGCACAGGACAGGAGACGCGGUCCUAACCUAUAACAGCUCAGCGGCAAAGAUCAGUCUCCUCCUUGGCAUGAGCGACAUGGAGAUUCACUUCAGCCACUGCCGAGUCUGGCUCGGAAAGCUCAGCGUGUCCGAGAGCCUUCGAGUUAAAGUGAAAAAGAAUUCUCUGGAUGCAGAGAUCUCUUUGUUUGAAGACGACCAAAAAUGUCAUGUUUCACUUAGCCACAUACGGAUGAACGAGUUUGGAGACUUCGACACAAAAGUCAAAGGGUUGGGCGUGAUGAAUGGUAUGGUGGGGUUUCUAGGUGAUACGGUGAUGAACCAUUUUGUAAACAAUAUUAAAUCUUUGGUAGAAGCUAAACUACACAAACAACUCUCACAAGAACUGACAAAGUAUCACAUAUGCACUGGUGAUAUCUUUUAGAGAAAAUAUAUUUUUUAGAUUUCA